AUGCCGGCACUUCCAGCAUCCACUCACGUACCACUGGCGCCUCUCAAUCUUCCUGACUGGCCUCUCUUCUUGAUCGUCGUCGGCGUCCUCAUCAUCCUGCUCUUCCAGAUCAUUCUCGUCAUCGCCUUUCUCCGUUGGUCCAACGUACACAGCAAAGCGCGGUGGAGGCGCCUUCGACAACGCGGCGUUGUCAUUCUCGACGGACCGGCGCUCAUCUGGACGAACCCGAUACCACCUGGACCAACAGUCUCGACCUUCAACUUACGGCAGACGCUUCGGACAUACGACACCUUCUCAACCGGCGCGGCGCCAUCCUCUGUACAACUACCACAAGUCAGCAUUCAGAGCAAACGACAGCAAAGAGCCAUGAGUCUCUUCGAACCCAAAUCGUCGCCUGUCACAGAAGUCGCGAAACAGCAGGCAACUACAUCCGCCACCAUCAUCAUCUUCAUCGUCAUCUCCGCAAUCGGUUCGUCGGCCGUCGUAGGGUUCGUUUUGUUCGUGGCAUGGUACAGAGUAAAGAAGAAAAGGGAACAGAACCAGGCGGCUGCCGAGCUGGUGGAGCUUUCUGUCAUUGAAGCCGUUCUACAGGCAUCUCCGGCGCGACAACAUUAA